AUGAAAGGUAAAAGGCACCAUUAUACUCUAUAGACUCCGUGUGGUUAGGCUCUGCAACCAGUCGGUCCUUUUUUAACUGGAUAACCUUCACUGGUUUGGGUAAUAGACGAAUCCACGAGCCCAUAGACUUCCACAGGAAAAUAAACUUUGUGUUUUUAAAGGUAGGUCAUAACGUUGUACGGCUGCAUAUUUAUUCACCCUAAACAUCUAUCGGUGCACCCGAAUGAAUUUCUACUCUUAAGCUUUCACGGUGCUUGUUAAGUAACAUCACUGAAGGUCAGCAUGUUGCAUAUUAGCAGUGCAGUCUGUGACGGGGGCACCAAAUUCCACCAGGAAAUUUAGUAAUUCAGUCAGGCGUGGUGUGUUUUGGCAUUGAACACCACAUUUAAUCGUUUUAUCUCCAAAAGGGAGAGCCAAUCUUCAAUUCGGCAUAUAGUAAAGACACCAAGGUGAAAUAAUAUCAGAAACAAAUUACAUGUCUUUUUCGGCUGCACUUCCCUUGCACCAAAACACAUUAGAAUCAGUGAUAGCAGGAAGAGUCAAUAUAGGCAGCCUGUUAUUUUGUUGUUUAGAACUAGCUUCUACCAUCUUUCAGUAGGCACUAGAAUAAAACUUUCUUAUUAUAUUCAGUAAGUUUCAAGUAUGAGGAAUGUCUUUGGGUCUGUCAGUCACUGACAUAAUAGGGCUCAUGAUUAUCCCCUUAAUAGACUUUAGCCUCCAAACCUAAACGAGUCUUGAGCAGGUGGCAUCACUGUUUUUGGUGGAUCAUUUCCUGAAGUGUUUGCAAACCUAUAAGUGACAAAAUAUUUGUGUCAUUUUAUCUUUGCUACCUUGGUAUUAACAUUGACUGAUAAAUAGAAAUAACAAAUCGUCUUUGUAUUGGCAGAGGAAAGACACACCAAACGUAAGUGAGUGAUUAUUAGUUUCAGUGUUUUUUUCUUGAUUAAACCAAGUUCAGUGAUGUUCCUUACUCCAUUUGCAUCAGAUCAAUCAAUCAGUCUUUAUUUAUAUAGCACUUUUCAUACACAACAUGUAGCACAAAAAGCACAGAACCAGUAGCACAGAAAAAGGAAUAAAAGAAACAAAGAAUACCAAAAUCUACCCCAGCCCAACCCCUCAUUUCCACCCCACGAUCUAAUUGCAAUAGAAACAGUGUUGAAAUGCAUAAACUUAAAAGGGGCUUGAUUUCGUGGAAACAGUAAUGUGUGCAUCGAGGAAACGUCAUUUUAAAAGUCAAGAUAAGGAAACACUUAAGGUUUAUGUUAAAAUCUAAAAACAAAGAAACAUAAAAUGAAAUUUAAGAAAUAAUAAAUAGAAUGAAAUAAAAACGACAGUAAAAUAUACUAAAAUAAGAGCACCAAAAUAUCUCAACAAAAGACAAUCCUCUGAUUAAAACUAUAAUAGAUAAAUGUUAACAAAGUUAAUGAUAAAAAAUUUAGUUAAAAGCAAGACUAAAAAGGUUUGUUUUACAUUUGCUUUUAAAGAUAAUAUCCAUCCAUAUGUAUGUGGUUUAUGUUAAACAUCCUUACAAAAUGGUUUAAAGUGACAGAGCAAAGUGGUGUAAUUAUUUAAGGGUGUGAGCACUCCCACCGAUUCAAAACAAAGUAACACUAAUACAGAGUAAACAUUUUAAAUAACUUGUCUUAGACCAACAAAUGUGCAAAGUCCAAAGAUUUUAUGUUGUGAAAUGAAACCAAGAAAAGCUGAAAAUCCUCAUCUUGCCAAAAAUGAUACUAUAAAAUAUUUUGAAUGUUUCAAUGUAAAAAGUUAUUUUACUUCUUCAUUUGUCAUCAUUUAAAUGAAGCAAAAAGUUGUGUUCAUGUAACUCCUCACAUGCAAAAUGAAUAUAUGUUUACCUGUUUGUUUGAUCUUUAAAAGUAGUUUAAGAAAAUAGCAAAAUUUUAGACCUUGUAUUUUUUUUUGUUGGUGCAUCAGCUAAGGGUCUAUUGGGUUCUCUCUCAAUUAUUAUGACAGUGAGUAACCCUUGCUUUGAUAGCUGUAUAAUUUUUAAUUCUUAUAUAUUUAAGACAGUCUUACAGCACAGUGUAUUUUACAGUACAGUUUCUGACUUUGUUUAUGUUCAAUUUCACACAGACUCUAAUGGAUAAAAAUACUCGAAGAGUUCGGAAUCAGGACAUUAACCCAUGCAUUGAAGUAAGCAUACUUUUCUUAAAUAAUUGUGUUUGCAUCUUUUGUGGUUUAAUGUUUAUAAUGGUGGGUUCAGUUUGAAUUUGAUCUUUUUUAAUAGGAAAGUGAUGCCUCCCAAAAGUGCUUGGAUUCCUACAACUACGACAAGAGCAUGUGCUCAGCAUAUUUUCAGCAAUAUAAGAAUUGUAGGAAAUACUGGGUGAGUAUCUGCUUAUCAACACUUUGCAAGUCUGUUUCCAAAAAGCUGGGAUGUUGAGUAAAAUGCAAAUAAAACAGAUUUUGAUGUUUUACAAAUCAAUAAAAACGAUCUAUUUUAGUGAAAAUGACACGAAUACAUUAAAUCAAAUGUUGGAGAGUUGUGUGCCUAUUUUAAAUUUGGUGCCAGCAAGGUGAUUUAAAAAAAAGUUGGACUGGAGCAUGUAUACCAUCCUACUGCAGCACAUCUUUUUUAGCAAUACUCUGUGGAUGUUUUUGAACAUCAACAGAGCAGCAUCUGGAAUCUUGAUCCAGGAUUUUAGCUGCUCAAAGGUUCAGCAGAGUUUGUUACAUCUUUUUUUUGUAUGCAUUAAAUGUUUUCAACUUGGGUAACUGUAUCCUGGACAAUGAAGCACCUGGAUUAUUCACCUGUGAAGUCAUGCUGUUGUAAUUCAUGCAGGAUUUAGUAUGACGCUGUCUUGCUAGAAUAUGUCAGGCCACUUUUGAGAAAGGCGGCGUGUGGAUGGCAGCUCCAAAACCUGUAAGCAUAGUUUUUCUGUUAAAGGUGACCAUGUCAUGGGCACUUGUGUGUCUCCAUCUAUUCACAGGCUCUUGAACUGUGCACUAAUCAAAACCUGGUUGGUCUACUUUAAAGCAGGAGUCAUGUUGUUCAUAGCUUCCAUAAAGAAUGUCAAAUUUUGAUCUGUUAUACCCCGGCACAGUUUUACACUUCGCCUCAGUCCAUCUUAAAUGGGCUUGGGCCCACAAAGUCUGGGCUUCCUGGAUCAUGUUUGUGCUGUAUAUAGCUUCAUCUUUGCAUGGUGGAGUUUUAGCCAACAUUGUGAAUACAUUGAUGAACCAGAUUCACAGAAGUUAAGUCUUUCUUUCAUGUGAUUUUGAGCCUGUGCAGUGGUUUGCACUUCGGAGUCAUGUCUGUUUUCAGUGCAGUGCUGCCUGAGAACCCAAAGAUCCUGGCCAUCCAGUAUUGGUUUUCUGUCUUUUCCCUUUUGUAGAGAGAUUGCUCCAAAUCUUUUAAUAAUAUUAUGUCCUGUAGAUGAUGAAAUCCUGAAAUACUAUGCAGUUUCACACACAGAAGGACAUGAUUCAGAAAUUCGUUCAAACUAUUUCGUCACGCAGUCUCUCAUGAGAGGUGAACCUUUUUUUAAUCUUUAGGUAUUUUUUUUUUGUUUGUUUGUUUUGUUUUCUUUACAUUACACAACUUUUUCAGUGUUUUGUUGUAAUUUUCCCAACUAUUUUUGAACUUUUUGUUGGCACCAAAUUUAAAAGUAGUAUAAAUUUUCCUCAAAACCACAAAACUUUUCAGUUUUAGCGUCUGAUAUGUUAUUCUUGCACUACUUUAAAUUAAAUUUGAUAUUAUUAGAUUUGUAUUUAUUUGGGGUUUUAUACACAUUACAUUACUGUUUUAUAAAGGAUUUGCAAACCAUGAACCAUGAUCUGUUUUUGUAAACAGUGUCCUAACUUUGGUGGAAUCAGAGUUUUACUAAACAAACUGAGAAGACUUGUUGGAGUAAAGAACUAGCUUUAAAAAAAUUAAGUAUUUGAAUGUAGGAGAUCAGAAAGGAUGGAGAAAGUGCAUGUGGAACUGAUUCCUCAAGGAAAUAGGAAACGUUGUUUUCUUUGAUGCUUCAGUGACACCAACUGGUGGAUUAGGAAACCUGCGCAGGCAGGGCCAGAAAUGGCUGACAGAGGAGCCAAGUGGUGCUGUGGGUAAUGGAGGUAUGGCAAAACUGUCAACUGAGCAGAGGGGCAUUUGGGGGGAACAGAAAAAACAUGCAAAAGCAGCAUUUUUCUUCAGUAAAUAAAAUCUGAAACCAAUAUUUAGCCAUUUAUAUUUCAGCCUUUCACAUUUCAUUUCCUAAGUAGCAAAGAGGUAACACAUGAAAAUGAAAAAGAAAUUAAAGGAAAGUUUCAGUCAGUGUCUUGCUUGACACCACUGAGCAUUUAGCUCCCAUCUGUGAAAUAUAUGUCAGAUUAAAGGCAUGGUUAUCUGACAUGCACCUCUGGAUAACAAAAAAGAUAUCAUCCAAACACUGAGGCCAUUAGUGCUGGAUUUUUUAUCUGAGGAGAGCUUGAAAAUUCAAGUUUGGGCUCCAAUACAGGAACAAUGUUUGCCAUACUCCCGCAAAGAAACUAACAGCAUAAUUUUAUUGGAACCUCUUCGCGUUUUUUUGUGCAUACCAAUCAACUUCACACUGCAUGUUUGAAGCAAAUGUACCAUUAACUGGAACUAAAAGUAGUAGUAAUUAGUUCAAUCUCUGUUAAGGAUUUUUGUGUUUAUUUUCUUGUAGCACAACAUAAUGCUGCAGAGGAGAAGGGACGGUGUGAAACCAGACAUGCCAACUGCUGCAGAGAGGCAAGAACAGCUUGCUGCAAUUGGAGGCAAACCGUACUGA